AUGGCAGGAAAAGAGGAUGGCAUCUCCUUGGCCGGCUCGGUUGCCGGGGACAAGUCCGACACCCUCGGCUCUGCUGCCUCGGGCAAGAAGAGGGGUGGUGGACAGAAGAAGCAGAUACAAGCCAACAAAUCUGCUCUCCGAGCCCCUCGAGCCCUCUGCUGCCUCACCCUCAGUAACCCCAUCCGCAUGGCUGCCUUAGCCCUUGUUGAAUGGAAAUAUCCUUCAAUGAUGAUACCUUUUGAUAUCUUCAUUCUACUUGCUAUAUUUGCCAACUGUGUGGCCCUGGGUGUAUCUAAACCCUUCCCUGAGGAGGACUCCAAUUCCACCAACCACAACCUGGAACAAGUAGAGUAUGUCUUCCUGGUCAUCUUCACCAUUGAAACCUUCACUAAGAUCCUGGCCUAUGGCUUGGUCAUGCACCCUAGCGCCUACAUCCGCAGUGGCUGGAAUUUGCUUGAUUUUGUCAUCGUUGUCGUCGGGUUGUUCAGUGUGGUUGCUGAGGGGACGGCCGACCACAAGCCUGGAGAGGCCCACCAUGCAGCAGGCAAACCAGGAGGACUGGAUGUCAAAGCUCUCAGAGCCUUCAGGGUGCUACGACCCCUUAGGCUGGUGUCUGGCGUACCCAGUCUCCAGAUUGUCUUGAACUCCAUCAUGAAGGCCAUGGUUCCCCUACUCCACAUUGGUCUGCUGGUCAUGUUUGUCAUCAUCAUCUAUGCCAUCAUCGGCCUGGAGCUCUUCCUCGGCAGGAUGCACAAGACCUGUUUCUACUUGGGCACCGAACUGAACGUGGAUGAUGACCCCACACCGUGUGCGUUUGCUGGGAAUGGGCGCGAUUGUGUGGGCAAUGGGACAGAGUGCAGAGGACCGUGGGAGGGGCCUAAUGGCGGGAUCACCAACUUUGACAACAUCUUUUUUGCCAUGUUGACUGUGUUCCAGUGUAUCACCAUGGAGGGCUGGACCGAUGUGCUCUACUGGAUGAAUGAUGCAAUUGGCUUUGAAAUACCCUGGGUGUACUUUGUCUCUCUGGUCAUAUUUGGCUCGUUUUUCGUACUCAACCUUGUAUUGGGAGUGUUGAGCGGAGAGUUCUCCAAGGAAAGAGAGAAGGCCGUGGCUCGUGGAGAGCUGCAGGACGCCCAGAAUAAGAAACAGAUGGAGGAGGAUAUGUGUGGUUACAUGGACUGGCUUAUCGAGGCCGAGGAUGUGGAUGAGGAAGGAAACAAACGUGCUGCUGUUGCCAAGAAGAAAAUGAUGAAGAAGUUUGGCUGGUAUAAACACAGCGAGGACGGAGAAUCGGAUUCAGACUCUGAAUUUGAAGCAUAUCUAGAUGACGACAAUGGCUGCUGCGCAUCUCUUAUGGCUAAAAUGAUGGCCAACAGUUUCUGUGAACAGCUAUGCCAACUGAACCACGCCUUUCGGAAAAACUGUCGUGUAGCAGUCAAAUCUCAGAACUUCUAUUGGCUGGUGCUUCUUCUGGUGUUUCUCAACACUGCAGCCAGUGCCUCUGAACACUACGGCCAGCCCAAGUGGCUCACUGAGAUGCAGGAGCGGGCCAAUAAGAUCCUGUUGAUGUUGUUCACGCUGGAGAUGCUGUUAAAGAUGUACAGUUUCGGUUUCCAGAUUCACUUCAUGGCUCUGUUUAACCGCUUCGACUGCUUCGUGGUGUGUGGUGGCAUCCUGGAGACAGUCUUGGUAGAGUUGCAAAUCAUCCCUCCCAUCGGCAUCUCUGUGCUGCGCUGUGUCCGCCUGCUCAGGGUGUUCAAAGUGACACGGCACUGGGCAGCCCUAUCAAACCUGGUCAAUUCCCUGCUCAACUCCAUGAAGGCUAUCUGCUCCCUGCUGCUCCUGCUUUUCCUCUUCCUCAUCAUCUUCUCCCUGCUGGGGAUGCAGCUGUUUGGGGGCAAGUUCAACUUUGAUGAGACUCAGAUGAAGAGAAGCACGUUUGACACUUUCCCCCAGGCCCUGCUCACCUGCUUCCAGAUCCUUACAGGAGAGGACUGGAAUGCUGUGAUGUAUGAUGGGAUCAUGGCUUAUGGCGGGCCAGUCUUCCCACAGAUGAUUGUGUGUGUCUACUUCGUCUCCCUCUUUGUUGUCGGCAACUAUAUCCUGCUCAAUGUCUUCUUGGCUAUCGCUGUGGACAACUUGGCAGGUGGUGAUGGUGGAAAAAAGCAAGUAGAAGAGAAAAAGGAUGAUGAAGAGGACUGGGACGAAGAUGAAGACAAAGAGGAAGAUGCGGCGAAUGAGAUGGAUGACUGGGAGGAGAAUGAGGAGUUGAGAGCCAUCGAGGGUCUGGAGGGAAUCAUGCCUGUGAAGCCUGAAUCCGCUCCGAAAGAGAAGAUUGAACCCAUUCCAGAUGGGAGCUCCUUUUUCAUUCUUGGAAAGAGAAACUGCCUUCGAGUGGCCUGUCACAAUCUCAUCCACCACUCCUACUUCACCAACCUCAUCCUCGUCUUCAUCAUCGCCAGUAGUAUUUCUCUGGCCGCUGAGGAUCCAAUCAGAGCUCACUCCUUUAGGAACAACAUGCUUGGCUACGCUGAUUAUGCAUUCACCUCCAUAUUCACUGUGGAAAUCAUACUGAAGGUGACGGUUUUUGGUGCGUUCCUUCAUCCUGGUUCCUUCUGUAGGAAUGCCUUCAACCUCCUGGACUUGCUGGUUGUCAGUGUGUCUCUCGCGUCCUUCUUCCUCCAUUCCAGCGCUAUCUCUGUGGUCAAGAUUUUCAGGGUACUCAAAGUGCUCAGGCCUCUUCGAGCAAUCAACAGAGCCAAGGGACUCAAGAAUGUAGUGCAGUGCGUGUUUGUGGCAAUCAAAACCAUCGGAAACAUCUUGAUCGUCACAACACUCCUCCAGUUCAUGUUUGCUUGUAUUGGAGUGCAGCUCUUCAAGGGAAGAUUCUACAGUUGCACCGAUGAAGCUAAACACACUCCAUAUGAGUGCAUGGGGACGUUUGUGGUGUAUAAGGAUGGUGAUAUGAAUCACCCUAUGGUGAGAGAGAGGAAAUGGCAAAACAGUGAAUUCAACUUUGACAAUGUGCUGCAGGGCAUGCUGGCCCUUUUCACUGUGUCUACAUUUGAAGGCUGGCCACAGCUGCUGUACAAGGCCAUCGAUGCCAAUGCUGCGAACCACGGCCCUAUCUACAACUACCGUGUGGAAAUCUCCAUAUUCUUUAUCAUCUACAUCAUCAUCAUCGCUUUCUUCAUGAUGAACAUCUUCGUGGGCUUCGUCAUCAUCACUUUCCGUGAACAGGGAGAAUCUGAGUUCAAAAACUGCGAACUGAACAAAAAUCAAAGACAGUGUGUACAGUACGCUCUGAAAGCCAAGCCCAUCAAGAUCUACAUUCCCAGAAACCCGUCCCAGCUAAAGUUCUGGAAAAUCAUCGCCUCCAGCCAAUUUGAGUACAUCAUGUUUGUCUUAAUUCUUCUCAACACCCUCACCUUGGCUGUGCAGCAUUAUCAGCAGUCUAAAACAUUCAACUCUGUGAUGGACAUCCUCAACUUGAUCUUCACAGCCCUAUUUACCAUAGAGAUGAUCAUCAAGCUACUGGCUCUCAGAACACAUCAAUAUUUCAUUGAUGCCUGGAACUCCUUUGACGCUCUGAUCGUUGUGGGCAGUGUGCUAGACAUCGUGGUCUCAGAGCUUAGUGGAGGAGACGAGGAUGUUGAAGCCAUCGAGGCCGCAGCCCAAGCUGCAGCUGUAGCCGUUCCUGGAGCUCCGCCCGGGGCCAAGAAGGAAAGCGGAAAAGUGUCCAUCACAUUCUUUCGUUUGUUCCGAGUCUUGCGAUUGGUCAAGCUGCUCAGCAAAGGGGAGGGCAUUCGAACCCUCCUCUGGACUUUUGUCAAGUCCCUCCAGGCCUUGCCAUAUGUCGGUCUACUUAUUGCGAUGAUUUUCUUCAUCUACGCUGUGAUUGGCAUGCAGACAUUUGGAAAGAUUGCUAUAGAUGACAACUCACAUAUCAACAGGAACAACAACUUCCAGACCUUCUUCAUGUCUGUCCUGCUGCUCUUCAGGUGUGCCACCGGAGAGCAGUGGCAGGAGAUCAUGUUGGCCGCGUUGCCAGGGAGACCCUGUGACCCCGAGUCAGACUUUGAGCCCGGGGAUGACAACAUGUGCGGCAGCAACCUGGCUUACAUCUACUUCAUCAGCUUCUUCAUGCUCUGCGCUUUCCUGAUCAUUAACUUGUUCAUUGCUGUCAUCAUGGACAACUUUGAGUACCUGACCAGAGAUUGGACCGUACUGGGUACUCAUCACCUGGAUGAGUUCAAACGAGUCUGGUCGGAUUAUGACCCAGAGGCGACGGGUCGAAUCAAACAUAUCGAUGUGGUCACUAUGCUGCGCAGGAUCCAGCCACCCCUUGGUUUUGGAAAACUGUGCCCCCAUCGUGUGGCCUGCAAGAGGCUGGUUGCUAUGAACGUGCCGCUGCACAGCGACGGGACAGUCACCUUCAAUGCCACCCUGUUUGCGCUGGUCAGAACCUCACUGAAGAUCAAGACCGAGGGGCCUGUUGACCAGGACAACGAGGAGCUCAGGGCCAUCAUUAAGAAGAUAUGGAAGCGCACUAAGCCCAAGCUCCUUGAAGAGGUCAUUCCACCCCCUAGAGGGGAAGAGGUGACUUGUGGGAAGUUCUAUGCCAGCUUCCUGAUCCAGGACUACUUUAAAAAGUUCCGCAAGAGGAAGGAGCGGGAGAGGAAGAAGAAGGGAAAGGACAAGAAAGACUCACUCCAGGCAGGGCUCAGGUCACUGCAGGCACUGGCCCCAGAGUUGCAUCUGGCCUUGGCAAUGGAGGGAGAGGAUGAGGAGGGUGUGGAUGGAGAGUUGGAUGAAGAGUUCUUCAAGAAUGACAACGUUUUCGAAGAUCCUGGCACUUCUGCCACAAGUACUCCAUCCACCACUCACAUGCCAGCUGACAUAGAGGAGGGCACCACCACUAUCUUCAUGGAGCCCUUCAUCGAGCCCACAAUAUCCAGCAACGUGGUCACAGAACAGCCAUUGACAGUCAGCGAGAAACCAGAAUCAGCUCUCUCAUCCUUUGAUGCAGUGAUGGAACAGCCCACGAGAUCUGAGGCCAUCCCUCCACCAGAAGACACACCAGCCCCAGCCCCGCCCCAACCAGCCCCAGCCCCGCCCCAACCAGCCCCAGCCGCAUCACCAGCAAAAGAUCCAUCCCCUCCCCAACCAGCACCAGCCGCAAACCCACCAAAUGCCCCAUCCCAGCCUCAACCAGCCCCUGUUGCAUCCUCACCAAAUGUUGCUUCUCCACCACAGGUGGUUGCUCAAUCCCCACCUCAAAUAGUGUUAGCCCCACCAGAACCAGAGGCACCUCAAAUAGUGUUAGAGGCAGCCCCUGCCCCACCUCAACCAGAGCCAUUGAUGGAGGGAAGAGGAGGGGAAACUUCCACUCCACAGCAGGUGUACUACCCACAGUACCCAGUGGACAGACCAACAAACAAUGGGCAUGUGUAUCAAGAGCAACCUGUAGCAUCCCCUAUCCCGUCAGACUACAUGCAGAGUCCUACUCCUAACUUCACCAAUGGGAGAGCUGCAGGAGUGCCCUACGCCAAUGGAAACGGCAUGAAUGGGAACGUCUACAAUGGCGGUACGAAUGGAGGUAGUGUGAAUGGAGGUAGCAUCACCGGAAGUAGCAUGAGUGGCUACACUGGCAAUGGUUACAACGGAAAUGGUUACAAUGGAAAUGGUUACAAUGGAAAUGGCUACAAUGGAAACGGCUACAAUGGCAACGGUAACACAUUUGAGCAGUAUGUCCGGAGACGUGUUCUUCCUCCCACUCCUGCAGGUCGCAAGCCGCCCUCCUUUAACAUCCAGUGUCUGAGGGCACAGCAUAGCGCAGAUGACAUCCCCAUCCCUGGCACGUACGAGAGUAACUCGCCCCCAUGCAGAUCCAGACUGCCCCUUGACUCCCGCCGCAGCAGUGCCUCCUCCAUGUCCUCUGCCUCCUGGGCCAACAACGGAGGAGGACAUGCAGGGUCGACGCCAGGAGCAGGGGUGUCGGCAGCAUCAUCAGCAGCAGCGAAGAGAGGGCGUCUGCUCUACGCCCCUCUGAUGCUGGUGGAUGAGGGCAGGGGCACCAAGCAGGUGUGGGGAGACAGGACCCAGGCCACCUCCAGCCUCCCUGCUAUUGCAACCAGGCCCAGUGGCUGGUACCCUGGAGCCCCGACACUCCCUGUGCCCACCCCCCAGAACAGGAGCUACACCAAUGGCAGGGUGCCCUCCCAGAUCAGCCAGAGCCUCAUCGAGAAGGGCAGUGCAGACAGCCUGGUGGAGUCGAUCCUGAUAUCGGAAGGCUUGGGCCUCUAUGCAAGAGACCCAAAGUUCGUGAACUUCGCCAAGCGAGAGAUCGCGGACGCAUGUAACAUGACCAUUGAUGAGAUGGAGAAUGCAGCCACAGACCUGCUGACCCGUUCAGCGGGCCAGCCAAUAGGACGCUUCGAGGAGGAGCUGGCUGACGAGAUGAACUGUGUGAUUUCCUACUGAGACUAGAGAGAGGAAACAGAGAGGAAGGGAGGGGAGAGGGAGGGUAGGAGAGUUGGAGGGCAAUGAGAUAGAGCCUUACCUUUUUGUCUCCAUCAACAUAGGGGGUAAGAAUGGUGAGGCAAGCUAUUGAUCUUAGCAAACUGUCAAUGUCUCUUUGAUCAGGGUAUUUUCCAGAUCUUCUCGGGUAAUUUGGCUUUGUUGAAAGUGUCAGUGUGUCUUGAACAAGAGCCUGAAAUAACCAUACUACAUUUGAUAGCACAUAAAUAAAGUAUCUAUUGAGGUUUGGCCACAAUACUCUUAAACAGUUAUUUCCAAUGGAAGAGUGCACAGUACUAUAGCCUUCCAAACGUGAUUACAAUUCUUAUUCUACUAUGAAGUAUUUAUCGCUAUUUCAAAAGCAGCAUUUUUGCCUUGUAUUUCCAUUUUGUACUGAGCUUGAUUUGCUGUCCCUUUAUGUAACCCCAAAUCAUACAAUCACCCUGCUAAGACCAUAGAAAUAUAUUAAAAGCAGGCAUAAAUCCAACAAAUAAAUAAACCCCUUGUCUGUUGUGCAAGUGAGCUCCAGUUGUAACUAUAGAUCAUGAAACAGGGUCUGUGUGUGUCAUGUCAGUUGCCCAGUGAAGCAUUAGCUUAGCAUUAGACAUUUGAACCAUGUCAUGUAUAAUUAUAUCAACAGAAAUGCCACAGAAGAUUCUGACAGUCAUCAUAAUCUUCCUCAGUGAGAAACUUUGAAGUAGUAUUUAUGUACAUGUAUGGUCAAGAGGAAAGCAGCUUGUAAACGUAAUAAUAACAAUUGCUAGUUUUGUUUUAUUGGGACUGCUAAUACUUUGAAAUGUCAGGUAUUUAUGUGUGUACAUUAAUAAAGUGUCAUGUCUUUU